CCAUUCCUCUUAACUCCCCUCUUCUUCCUCUUCUUCUUCUUCUUCUUCUUCUUCUUCUUCUCUACAUAUAUAGAAAGAAACAGUAGUGUGAUCCUUCUCUUCUUCUUCUUCUUCUUCUCUACAUAUAUAGAAAGAAACAGUAGUGUGAUCCUUCUCUUCUUCUUCUUCUUCUUCUUCUUCUUCUUCUUCUUCUUCUUCAUCAUCAUCAUCAUCUUGGGUGGUGACAUUGAUGAUGGUGGCUGCUCCCUUGUCUUCCUGGCCUUGGGAGCACCUUGGCAACUACAAGUACGUACUGUGCGCACCACUGAUUGGCAAAGCCAUGCAUGCAUGGGCAUGCACACACCACUUCCAAGCUCACUCAUGGCCACUCCACGUCCUCACUCUCCUCGCUCUCCGCGCCAUCAUCUACCAACUCUGGUGCUCCUUCUCCAGCAUGCUUUUCCUCACUCGCCGCCGCCGUGUCCUCACCGCCGGCGUUGACUUCUCCCAAAUCGACUCUGAGUGGCACUGGGACAACUUCCUUAUCCUCCAAACUCUCCUUGCUUCCUUUGCCUACCUCUCCUUCCCUUCUCUUUCCUUUCUCCCAUUCUCCAACUCCAAAGGCUUUCUCUUUGCUCUUCUUCUCCAUGCCUUCCUUUCAGAACCUUUGUUCUAUUUCAUUCACAAGUGUUUCCAUAAAGGCACUCUCUUUUCUCACUACCAUUCCCUUCAUCACUCCUCCAAGGUACCCCAUCCUUUCACAGCUGGGUUUGCAACUCCAUUGGAGCACCUUGUGCUGAGUUUGGUCAUGGCUGUGCCUCUUGUAGGGGUGUCCUUAAUGGGACUUGGCUCUGUGUCCUUGAUUUUUGGCUAUGUGUUGCUCUUUGAUUUUUUAAGGUGUUUGGGACAUUGCAAUGUGGAGAUUUUCCCUCAUAAACUCUUCAAGGCUUUUCCCCUCCUCAGAUUCCUCAUCUACACUCCUACAUACCACAGCAUUCAUCACAUGGACAAAGACUCAAAUUUCUGCCUUUUCAUGCCACUCUUUGAUCUUUUGGGUGGAACUCUAAACCCUAAUUCAUGGCAACUGCAGAAGGAAAUCAGCUCAGGGAAAAAUGAUCAAGUUCCUGACUUUGUAUUCCUACUGCAUAUCGUCGAUAUAACAUCAUCUCUUCAUGGACCGGUUGUUUUCCGUUCAUUCAGUUCACUUCCAUUCACAACUAAACUUGCCAUCUUGCCAAUGUGGCCGUGUGCGUUUAUCGCCAUGCUCUGCAUGUGGGCUUGGGCGAAGACAUUCCCCGUCUCAUUUUACAAUCUCCAGGGAAAAUUGCAUCAAUUGUGGGUGGUUCCUAGAUAUGGUUUUCAGUAUUUCUUGCCAUUUGCCGCCAAUGGUAUCAAUAAACUGAUUGAACAAGCCAUCUUGAGAGCCGAUGAGAUCGGCGUCAAAGUCCUCAGCCUUGCAGCAUUGAACAAGAAUGAAUCACUUAAUGGUGGUGGGACAUUGUUUGUGAACAAGUACCCGGAUUUAAAAGUUCGAAUCGUCCAUGGAAACACUUUAACAGCAGCGGUGAUCAUUAAUGAGAUUCCUAAGGAUGUGAAGGAGGUGUUCUUGACAGGAGCUACCUCCAAGCUUGGCAGAGCCAUUGCAUUGUAUCUAUGCAGGAAGAAAAUCAAAGUUUUGAUGUUAACACUUUCAACUGAGAGAUUUCAAAAGAUCAAAAAGGAAGCACCACCAGAAUACCAACAGUAUAUUGUUCAAGUGACCAAGUAUCAAGCUGCGCAGCAUUGCAAGACAUGGAUUGUUGGUAAGUGGUUGUAUCCUCGGGAACAACGGUGGGCACCGUCGGGCACUCAUUUUCACCAGUUCGUCGUUCCACCUAUAUUCGGGUUCAGGAAGGACUGCACUUAUGGGAAAUUAGCUGCAAUUAAGCUGCCUAAAGAUGUUCAAGGACUCGGAAUGUGUGAGUAUACACUUGACCGAGGAAUUGUACAUGCGUGUCACGCCGGAGGCGUGGUGCAUUGUCUGGAAGGAUGGACACAUCAUGAGGUCGGAGCAAUCGAUGUGGACCGGAUCGACAUUGUCUGGAAUGCAGCCAUGAAACACGGCUUAACACCAGUCUGAAAAAAGAAAUAAAAAAAUUACUGAAAGCUGCUCACAAGUCAUAUAUAACCAAAGCCCAGAGCAUUCUUCGAAUUAUUUUCUUUUUUCUCUUCUAUUUUGUCACACAUAUUGCAUAUAGAUAUCGACGCUGAUGCUAUGCUUGUCUUAGGAACUCGAAGCUACGUUUAUGUACUACUAUUAUUACUUCAAUUAAAUUUUCUCACUUGAAUGUGUUUGGUGAGAAGUUCACAA